AGUUGCGCAUUCGUGUAACUUGGGCGGAAAAUUGACACGGCCGCCUCAGACGAACGCGUGAUGACGUGCGCACAAGUGGGCGGGACUUACAGCCUGCGAUCUACCGCAGCUACCGCAGUUACCGCAUGUGCCCGUGAACAGCACUCUGCUCAUAUUUAAGACGUCAGACUAAGACAAAUAUGCUGCAGCAGAUACGUAAUUCACCAAAUAAUAUAAUGUUCGAUAAAUGCUGCUGAAUAAAGAUUAUAACAAAAGCACCAAUAAGCAUUCAGGUGGCAUGUUGUGUUCCCACGUUGCUAGGCGAUUUAGGAAUUUAAGGCUCAGCCAGACUGCUUGGUCUCUCUUUGAACAUAAUAACUAUUUCCACCUGUUAUGCUACAGUAGGGUAUAGGGAGUUUCGAUUCCGUAGGGCAUAAAAACGAGUUGUACAAUUAGAGCCCCUCUUGUUAGAGUAUAUACCUUGGAUAGAGUCUUGCCGUGCCAGAAUGGAUCCACCAGGCGAUGAACAUGCCCAGUAUAAUGCCAUUCAAGGGGAAAACAAGAAAGAAAAAUUGGAUCUGCUUAGCAGAGAGGAAUUGAUGGACAAAGUACGAGCUAUGGAGCUGCAUAUCAGGCAGCUUCGUAAUAUAAUUGCAAAAUCAAGUAGCACCACAAAUGGCAAGCCUGACAAGAGGAAACACCGGGAAUUCAACCACGACAAGUUCCGGCGACGGCACAUUCUGCUGCGGUUCUGCUACCUGGGCUGGGACUACCAGGGUCUGGCCAGUCAGGAAGACACGGCGCGUACCAUCGAGGCCGAGCUGUUCCGGUGUCUGCAGCUGACUCGGCUGGUGCGCUGUCGGCAGACGGCCAACUAUCACCGCUGCGGCCGCACCGAUAAGGGUGUGUCUGCGUUCAGCCAGGUCAUUUCUCUCGACGUGCGCAGUCAGCAGUUGGCCGAUCCUGCCGACCCGACUGCCGCGGCCACGCUGUCACCGGAGCAGGAGAUCAACUACCCAGCCAUACUCAACAAAGUGCUACCGGCCGAGAUCCGCGCGCUGUGCUGGAGUCCCGCCGACCCGGAGGCCAGUGCGCGCUUCGACUGUCGCGCCCGCACCUACCGCUACUUCUUCCCCCGAGGCGACCUCAAUAUACAGGCGAUGUGUGAGGCGGCCGGCCGACUCUGUGGCCACCACGACUUCCGAAACCUGUGCAAGAUGGACGUGGGUAACGGUGUGAUCGAGUACCGGCGCAGGCUGGAGCGGGUGACCAUCACGCCUGUGGACGGACCGGCAGCUGGCGGAGGCGGAGGUGGAGGCGGAGGCGCAGGGAAAGGUGGAGGCGGAGGCGGAGGCGAUGGAGGGUACCAGAUGUAUCAACUGGAGGUGCGCGGAAACGCUUUUCUCUGGCACCAAAUCAGGUGCAUGGUGGCUGUGCUGUUCCUCGUCGGGGAGGGACUCGAGGAACCGUCCGUCAUUGACCAACUGCUGGACGUCGAGACCAACCCGAGGAAGCCGCAGUACAACAUGGCCUCCGAGCUGCCGCUGAACCUGUUUGACGUCGAGUACGACAGCGUGCGCUGGCACUGCGACCCGGCCGUGCUGCGCGCAGUCGCCGAGACGCUGCAGCGACUCUGGACCCAGUCGGCUGUCAGGGCGGCCAUGCUGCGGGAGAUGCUGACCGAGCUGACGGCGCGCCACGGCGAGCAGCCGUCCACGCAGACCCGCUGUCUGACGUCGGGCGUCCGGCCGCGCGUCUACACGCCGCUCCUGCGCAGACCCACCUGUGACAGCCUGGAGGAGCGUGUGGACCACUACGUGAAGCGGCGCAAGCUGGACCCGGCUAUCCUCGAGUCGGCCGUCUCUGUGGCAGGCGGACGGGUGUCGGAUGCCGCGUCAGGUGCUGUGGGGGACGGGGCAGACGAGCGGGACAGUGCUGAGGGAGGGCCGCCUCCCGCCGGGGGUGAAACGGGGGACGGUGAGGGAGAGCGGAACACCACCGAAAGGGACGGGGGUGACGGCGGCAGCGGCCGGACAGCGGCCGACAUGGAGUGUGGGAGCGAUACGCGGUGAUGUGAGCUCGCUAUCGAGUGGUUUUCUCUGCGCAGUGUGUGUUGGGAGUCUCACAAGGGAGAAUACAAUAUGUACAUUUUA